AUGGAGCGCAGGCCGUUUCGCAUCCAUAGUCUCACUGUGCAUCCGGCCUCACUGCGGUGGGCAUCCACGGCGCUGUCCAUUCAGGACAGGAUCCGAAGCAGCCCACCCUCUGAGGGUGGCGUCUCUGAUCAGCCAGAAACAAGCUGCCAGUGGCACAGCAGGAGGCGGUCGCGCAAUUCUCGGCCAAGUCAUCGAGCUGAGCUGCUACACGAAAUUGAUCGCUGGUGCGACGUCUGACCAGAAACACGGUAUAGCUGCGGCUUUCGGCAGAUAUCCAAGAAAGCCGCGCGGUGGCUCAAUAGUCGGAAGGCUUCGGCGCGCUGCUGACGG